CUGGGCGCGCUGGCCUCGGCGGCACCGGGAGCCGGAAGGGUGUUCAUUGGCGACCGGUAACCGGGCGGCGGGUGGGAGUGGCCCGUUGGGGCGCUGCUGACCCUCGGCAGGGAAGGGCGGCCUUCGUCUUGCGACCCGGGCCGGAGACUGGGGACUAUAUUCAGGACCUUGGAAGCACUGCCAAUAUGUCUGAUGUUCAAGAAGCCACUAACCAGCUCCUGGAUGUGAACCUUCAUGAGAACCAGAGGUCUAUACAAGUGACAGAAAGUGGCCUCAGAAGUGAGUCUGAACAUCUCCAAGUCACUAUUGGAGCCACUGUGCCUACUGGUUUUGAGCAAACAGCUGCAGAUGAAGUGAGAGAGAAAUUGGGGUCACCGUGCAAAAUCAGCAAAGACCGGGGCAAGAUAUAUUUUGACAUUUCAGUGGAAAGUCUGGCUCAGGUUCACUGUCUGAGAUCAGUUGAUAACUUAUUUGUGGUUGUUCAGGAGUUUAAGGAUUACCAGUUCAAAGAAACAAAGGAAGAAGUUCUAAAGGAUUUUGAGGACUUGGCUGGGAAGCUUCCAUGGUCAGACCCUUUAAAAAUAUGGAAAAUUAACACAUGUUUCAAGAAAAAAAAAACAAAGCACAAAAAGAUAAAUCAGAAUUCAAGUAAAGAGAAGAUUGAAAGUGGACGAGGAGACAAAACAGAUGAGAGAGAUGUCAAAAAAGAGUUCACUAACAAUGUCUUAGAUUCACAGAUCUUAGACUAUUAUGAAAAUGCAGCCAUCAAAGAAGAGAUAUCAACAUUAGUAGGUGAUGAUUUGACAUCUUGCAAAGAUGAGACUGAGGAAAGCUCAAAAGAAGAAACUGAUCCUGAAGUGCUGAAGUUUAGAGUCACAUGCAACAGGGCAGGAGAGAAACAUUGCUUUUCCUCAAAUGAGGCGGCAAGAGAUUUUGGGGGUGCUGUUCAAGAUUAUUUUAAGUGGAAGGCUGACAUGACCAACUUUGAUGUGGAGGUUCUUUUGAAUAUCCAUGAUAAUGAAAUUGUUGUGGGCAUUGCAUUGACAGAAGAGAGUCUCCACCGAAGAAAUAUCACACAUUUUGGACCCACAACUCUUAGAUCUACUCUUGCCUAUGGGAUGCUCAGGCUCUGUGCUCCUCAGCCUACUGAUAUAAUAGUUGAUCCGAUGUGUGGAACAGGGGCAAUAUCAAUUGAGGGGGCUACAGAAUGGUCUAACUGUUAUCACAUUGCUGGUGAUAAUAAUCCAUUGGCUGUGAAUAGAGCAGCAAAUAACAUCUCAUCUUUAUUGACCAAGAGCCAAGUGAAAGAAGGCAAACUGUCCUGGGGCUUGCCCAUAGAUACUAUUCAGUGGGAUAUCUGCAACUUGCCACUAAGAACUGGCUCUGUGGACAUUAUUGUAACAGACAUGCCAUUUGGAAAAAGGAUGGGCUCCAAGAAGAGAAACUGGAACCUUUAUCCAGCUUGCCUACGGGAGAUGAGCCGUGUCUGUAGGCCAGGGACAGGCCAAGCUGUACUACUGACCCAGGACAAGAAAUGCUUUAUCAAGGCAUUAUCUGGAAUGGGACACCUGUGGCGGAAGGUACAUACCGUCUGGGUCAACAUAGGGGGUCUUCAUGCUGCAGUUUAUCUUCUGAAACGUACACCUCAAACUUUUGUUCAUCCUUCAGAACAAGAUGGAGAAAGAUCUCCUUGGUGAUGCAAAGACUGAAGAUGAUUAGUAGCGCUGCCAGUGCUUCCUGACAGUGGACAUGUCAGCAUGAAGAACUUGCUUUGAGAGAAAAAUAGUAUUAAUAAAAGUGAUGUUUGGUGUAAAUCUCUUCACCCUAGAUAGCAAAAGGUGUGAAUAGAAUGGAACAAGUCUUAAGAGAAAGCAGAACUUUUCUUUGGAGCUGUUGUAGUUGGGCAAUUAGUACUUUUCUUAAAAUGCUUUAAAGAUGCUAAGCCUACUAAAAUACUCUGGGAUUUGGGUUUAGAACAUUUUAUUUUCAGGCUUUAUAGCAGUUCCUGUUUUCCACUGUAGCAGGUGGAAAGCUACCCUGGCCUAAGGGAAAGGCAGAGAGCAUAAUCAGAUUGUGAGGUUACAUUUCAUUGCCUCUGCAGCUUUGUUAUGUAGUUGCUCAGGUUCUUCACCUCAACUUUAAAAAAUGAAGCAUUAUUACACUUUGUAAAAUAGUGUUUGCCCCAUGACAAGGUGAAAUCUCACAAGACAGAAAAGUUUACUAUCUGCUUUAAAAAUUACAAUAUGCAUCUGUUAUUCAGAUUAAUAGAACUAAAUAGACAUUUCUAUUUGUAAACAGCAGGGAUUACACUGGUAGAUGAAGUAUGGGACCAACAAGCCAUAUUUAAAUAAAUUUUUCUUUCAGUACACAAAGGUGGUGAUGCCUUUCAAAGUCAAACAUAAACCUGUCAAAGUAUUUUUGUUGGCUUCUCUAAAGGACUAGAGAACAAACUGAUGUAUCUUUGAAUUAAAAACUUUGUGUAAGUUCUUUUAUUUUCUCUCAGUCACUAUUCAUAUUUAAUUGCUUUUGCAGUAGCAAAGUCCUUCCCAAGACAGUGGAAAAUGAAAUAACCUAAACAUCAAGUCCUUGUAAAAACAGUGCUUCUGUGCAACAGAGUUGGGGUUUUAUGUGGCAUUCUGUAUUCAGUUUACUUUGGAGUUUCUGGCUGCAUUCAGCUUAGAUUUUCAGUGUCAUGUCAGUAACAUACUAACUUUUGAUGUCUCAUUUAGAAUAAAAGGACACAGUACUUCUUUCCUUUGAAAGAAUAGAGUUCACAUUAGCAGCAGAGCCAACAGUCCUUGUAUGGUUUCUCUCUGAUAUACCUCACCCUUGAGAAUGAAUUGGAAGUAAGACAUUUAUAAGGGUCUUAUAUCCUAGACUGGAGUUUUUAAGGUCAUCAGAAUGCAGUUUCACUAUUAUGGGUUCAACAUAGAACAAACAGCCUUUCACCUCUCACAAAAGAAACGAUUUAAACCUCUAAGUGUUGGUCAGCAGUCCAUAGGACUGGAAAAGUACAAGGACCAUGUUUUCUCUACUGUUCAUCAACUGCCUGACACAUUACCUAUCAGCAUGGACGUUUAAUAUCUGUUGAACAAAUGGGUAUUUUUGCAUAUUGGCUGUUUUUACGUGUAUCAAAUUUGUGCUCAAUAUAUCAUAGCUUUAGUCCUAUUAAAUACCAUCAUAAAAACAUGAACAGAUGUGAUUUAAGAUGAUAUAAGUAUGUAGCGAACAUUGUAAUAGUUUGCCAUCUUCCUCUCUAGUAUUGUUUUGUAAUCUGGUGACAGGAACAGGAAAUGCGCUACAUGAGGAUUCAGAAAAGCUGAGAUUGAAUUAUAUAUGACACUGCCACCUACUAGUUCUGUGACCUUGGUUUUCAACUUUUGAAACAGACCUGUACCAUGGGGAUGUAAAAAGAUGGGGAAGGUAAUCUUAGUAAUCUGAAAACAGAAUGACUUGAGUUAUAGAGCAGACAUUCAAUGCAUUUUAGAGGGGAAAAAAAACAACAGACAUUGAGACAGACUUUAUAAAUUUAAUGAAAUUAAAGGAAGAUGGUUAUCUCCCAGAGACAAUAUACUACUUGGCUAGAGAGGGAAACAUUUGUUUAAACAUUUCUUUUAAAAUGGUAAUAAGACUUUCAGAAAAUUUUAGAUUCUGACAUGUCACAUUGCAGACAUGGCUCAUGUUUCCACUGCAAGGACCAAAAGGUAAGCUGAAGACUGAAAAAAGGAAGUAUUUUAAAAGGUCUGUAAAGUGCCUGAAGUAUACUCAUGCCCACAAGUGCUUAAUAUUAAUUACUGAGCUAGGCAUAGGAAAAGUAGAACAUCCUUAUUCUAAGCAUAGCCUUUUCCAAGUUCAGAUGAGGUGUUAUGUGGGAAUAUGAUGAAAGUUUGAAACUUCUAGGACAAAAAAAUCAAAUUAUUGUACCUUGGUUACAUUUUUUUUUUUAAGUUCAGGAGAAACACCAUAUAUAGGUCUCUCCUGUGCCAAAUUUUAAAAAGUGCACAAUGUGAAAAUAUUCAUCAUUGUUUACAAGAAGCCUGCUCUGUCACCCUCAUACUUUUGCCCCAAGGCUAACACGUAUGCCAAUCAGUUGUGAGGUAGUAGCUGUUCAGUGAUAUAUUCCAUGAUGAAAGCAGUUUUCACUGCAAAGGAGAAUGGUGUUUUAGUUUUUCUCACGCCCAAAUUCUGAAUUUCCAACUGCCUACUAUUGUUAUCCCUUCUCCUGUAAGUCCUACUUAAACUCAACAGGAACCUAUCUUUCUCCACUAAAACCUGCUCCCUGUCUUAGCGUGCCCAUCCUCCCAGUAAUCCACACUUAGUGCUGGGAGUCAUUUUUAGCUACAUCCAGCUACUCAACAGGCAUGAGUGUUUGUUUACAAUAUACACUGUGCUACAGCAGCUUUCUCAAACUUCUUGGCUCAGGACCCCUUCACAUUCUUAAAAACUGAGGGCUCCAAGUAGCUUUGUUUACCAAUAUUUUACCAUAAUUAGAAAAACAGAAAAAAAGUAAAAUACAGUAAAAAUAUUAACACUUUCACGGAAGUAACUAUUUUCAACAAAGAAUGGCACAUUACAAAGCAUGUAAUCUCAUACAAUAACCUAUCCUUUAAGAUACUUCAGUAGGUUUUUCUCAUAGUUUUUUGGAGUUGAUUCUCCCUAUGUGUCAGACAACUCUGAAAUAUUCAUCACCUUAUUUGAUAACAGAAUGUAUUCAUGUUUAUGCUUAGGUGCAAGGAAAACUACAAGAUUUUAUAAUAACUGCAUAAUACUGAGGUUUGCUGGGGUUUUGGAGGUAUAACCUGAAGAGUGAAUUUCUAAAGACACAGAUAUUCAUACCCUAAACCUACGACCUUAGGAAAUUGUGAAAAAUUCAAGAAUAUACAGCACCAUUCAAUUAACAUUAGUGAUGAUGUCAUCCAACACAUAUCAUGUAGCCUCUAUGUACUUGUGAGAAUGAGUUGAAAAGGUAAGUUACGUCUUAGUACAGUAAGCCCCCUACAUAACGAACAAGUUCAGUUCCAAGAGGGCAUUCAUAAGUGCAAUUUGUUCAUAAGUCCAACAAAGUUAGCCUAGGUACCCAAUCGGCUAUGUAGUACUGUACUAAUAAUAGGUUUAUAUAAAAAUAAAUACAAAAAAUAAAA